CUUUUUUUCUUUUUCUUUUUUUUACAUAUUUCACUUGUUGUUUUUUUUUUCUGUAUUCCUUUUAUACAAUUCAUACUCUUGAACAUGAGCGUCCUUGUGACCACUUCUUUUUCACAAGGUGCCGUGUUUUAUGCUGGAGAAACAUUAUCUUGUACUAUCGCUUUUACCAACACGUUACCUAUAUUACCCAAAUCGCCAAGCACGUCAUCAUCCUUGACUAAACAAGAAAGACAAAAGUCGCCACCUCCUAGAGUGUCAUAUAAUAAAACUCACAGAACUAACGGUCAUAGUAGAACUCCUUCUACUUCCUCUACUCAAGAUUUUGUACAAGAUCUUCCGUCUAUUGAACAAGAUAAUGCUACUGGACUGUAUGGGAAAUCAAGAUCUCUUACUUCUCUGGCUUCAUCAACUUUAGCUUAUCUUACUGGUUAUACAACAGAGUCUCAAUCAGCUCCUACCACACCACCUAGCAACACUAUUGCCAGUAAUAUAAAACCUCACAAUGGCGAUAAUAUGGAUACAUCGAUAUCUCGAGAAACGAAAUGGGAACAACAAGAAAAAUAUGAUAUAAACGGUAUUCAAAUGAAUGAAAAUGAUCCUAUUGCUAUUGAACUUGGAUCACACGAUCAUAUUACUCCUCGCACUAGUAUCGACACAGUGACUUCUUCAUAUAUGCAUCCUAUAUCAACAUCAAGUCGACGAAGUUCUACUGAUUCUCUAUCAUCAUCACAUCCUUAUUAUACAAAUUCACCUAUGUCUGGAGGUCAACAACAUCAUUAUCAUCAACAACAACAAUAUCAUUCAUCUUUAGCUACGCAUCCUAUCAAUGCUCGUCGUUUAUCUCGCCUUCUCAAAUCUCCGUCUACACCAUCCUUAAUGAAAAAACCUGAACAUCUAUUAUGGGGCUUUGCUCAGGUGGUUGGUCAAUUCGUAGUGGAUCCGACUUUAAUCAACAAUAAUGAAUUUGCUCCACUGAAACAAAAAACAAUGUAUCGACCCCAUGGUACUGGAUUUGGUGGUGGUGGUGGUUUAUGGAAUGGAAAACCUGAUUCAAAAAUUGAUACCCGGACAACUCCUGUUUUCUCAACUCCUCCGUCAAUAUUAUUUGUGGAUCUUGAUUUGGCUCCUGGUGAAACAAAGAAAUAUUCAUACAAAUUGAAACUUCCUAACGAUCUUCCGCCAUCACAUCGAGGAAAAGCCAUUCGGUUCAAUUAUUAUCUUGUGGUGGGUACCCAACGUAGUGGGAGUGCGCCUUCAACAAGAUCUAGUGGAAUGCAACAUCAAGGUCAAGUGGUCCAGUUACGAUUUCGUGUAUUGAAUCAUGUUUCCGAGGAUGGUUCAAGACCUAUAUUCGAUUUGAUGAAUCCAGUGGUGAUGUACAAAGAUGAAGCUCAAGUUGAAUUAGUUCCUGAAAUCAAUAACAAAGCUAAACGUAGUGCCAGUAUCAGCUCCAUUGCAUCUGCAAAUUCUGCUCCUAUUUCACCAAUUGCAAGCAACAACAAUAUCGAUCAUCACAGACCACUAUCAUCACCAUCAACAUCAUCACCUGAAGUUUUGAAAGAACGGACUGCAUUUAUGGAUUAUGUGAAUGAAUUAUUGGAAAAAAGCACCAACGGACAUGACGAUAUUCAGGAAAUCACUCGGAGGGAAAGCGACGCUUAUGAUGAACAACGUAUAUCUCAUGAUGAUGAUGAAGAAAUUAUGACUGAACAAGAUUAUCGAAAGACAUGUGCACAAGUGGUAUCUCGGAUUACUCAUUCAAGUAGGAAAGCUAUGUAUGAUUUGUGCAAGAACAAUCAAAGAGUAGCAAAAUUACAACUGACGAAAAUGGCUCAUCGUUUAGGUGAACCAGUGCUUGGCAUUUUGGAUUUCAGUGAAGCGUCUUUAUCUACUUAUAAGGUAUCUAUUUUCUUGGAAAGUCAUGAAAUUGUAGAAUCAAGUAUCUCACUGCGUCAACCAGAACAUAUCGCGAGGGUGUCACGAAAAUGUCACUCAGAAUUUCAUACAUUUUGUUUAAAUCAUCGUCGACUUGCUUUUUCUUUACCAAUUCCAACAACAGCUUCACCAGAAUUCCAAACAACUGGAGUCAAACUGCAAUACAACUUGAAAUUCGAAUUCAUUACUAACAAUCAAACCAGAAUCAACCAAAACCAGACUUCAAUAUCAUCUUCAUCACCGUAUCUCUCAAUCAAUAUUGAUGAGCGACAUCAACACUUCCAAGCCCAACCACAAGUUCAAGUUAGUAACUUCGAUUGUCAUAUCCCCAUCAAAGUCUAUGGUUCUCCCAAUGGAUCGGAUCGUGCUAUCUACGGUCGCCCACAUACCUUCCCUGUACAAUAGAUCAAUCUUUUUCGCCCUUCUUCAUUUUGUUUGUUUGUUAUAUUAUGCUUUGAAUAAACUGAUCCCAAAACUAGCUUCGUCAUACCAAGCUUUUGUAUAUUUC